AUGCAGGUUCUCCAUUUGUACAAAGCACUCGAGAUGCCACCGAGGUCAGUCCGAAAUAGUUUGAUUGACAAGUUCAUGGAACACUGCCUCCCGUGGAUGCCUAUAGUGGAUCGACGCUGGCUUGAAGACCAACCAGAUCAUUCCCCUUCGCCGUUGCUCCUUCAGUCAGUCUUCUUGGCUGGGAGUCGUGUAUCUGCAACACCCUUGAUCGGAGCCACAUCAGAGGAUUACUAUCAAAGGGCCAAGGUAUUGUUCUUUUCCGGCCACGAAAAGAAUCCCCUGAUAUCGGUCGUCUCGGCGUUGCUGCUGCACUGGUGGAAUCCUACCGGUCCCGAGCAGAUUUCUGCGAGUUCGAGUGGGUUCUGGGUACGUAUUGCUGCGGGCCUUGCUUAUCAAAUCGGUUUGCACAAGGAACCGGCAUCAGCCCGAGACAGGUCACUUCACCGCAGGGUAUGGUGGACGUUGGUGUGGAGAGACGAUGUCAUCUCAGUUGGAGUUGGACGCCCACGAACAAUCAGCCUGAAGGACAGCAACGUCCUUCCACCCUCCGUGAAAGAUUUCUCCUCUGGUAAUCCUGAUGCCAAGCUCUUUACGUCUUUCUGUAAGGUCUGCCAGCUGUUGGGCGAUAUCACUGAGUACCGGAGACGCAAAAGCUUCAGCGCAGACAAGCGACAAAGGUUCGAGAAUGCCCUGUACAGGUGGAUCAAGGAGUUGCCGUCAGAAUUACGACUAUUUAAGGUUGCCCACGACCGGGUGCUGAGCCCGUACAAUUUCAAAGCACGGCAAAUCGCAGUGGUAUACUUUGUCAUCCUCAUUAUCUUGCACAGACGCGAUGAACCCAGCAGCCCGGCUUCGGCACCGUCACUGGUCGCCUCCUCUUUCCUUGCCGGUAUCUUCGAAGACUUUCUGUCUCGAGAUGAAUUGCGUUAUCUAGGCCCCGUGUUCGCUUUUUACGCGCUUGCAGCUGGACUGUCUCAGAUGUCGGGAUACAGGUACCCGGGACUGGAGUCAACUGCUGACCACGAGUUUCGAGUCAUCUCGCUGUCGUUACAACAGCUCUCCGAUCGUUGGGGGUCAGCAGUCGAGGCGAUGAGGUCAUUAACUGCAGCGAGAGAUGCAGGUAUGCGGCAGCCGCAGCUUGACACUGCGCCAGCUGCCAUUGCUGCAGAUGUUCUCCCUUUUUUCGCCGACUUUGGGCCUGAUCUAUGCCGACAGUGGCAUCUCCUUGGAAUGUCCACAGUUGACACUUCAACCCAUGUUGCACAUGCUCCUCCGCAAGAAACGAGCGGACUGACGGCAUUGGAGCGAGGGUCAGAUAUGAACAUGGGAACAAAUCCGAAUGGGAACUUUGACAACGGCGACUUUAUGGCGCUGUCACAUACCCCACUGUCCUUUGGCCAGCAGGAUCCAAUGCUCUACCCUGGAGUAGAGAAUCUCUUCCCAGACCAACAGUUUGACUAUCCGUGGGGGGACUUAGAUCCUGUUGGGUCUUGGUUGCUUGGAGAUUUGGGACUAGAUAACUCGCUUGGACAAAAUGCUUGA